CCUCCAGUGAGGGAGAGAGUCGCGAGGCAUCAGUAGUUGGAGGAAUCUAACGCGUUUUCGCUCGCAUAUCGUUUAAGUUAAAAGCGGUGUUUUAGGGUGUCGGGCUUGUGCUUGACAGCCCAGGACCCAUUAAUACAAAUAAUUAUUAGCCGUCAAAUUUCGUUAGUGAGCUAACGAGUAUUCCAUUGCUGAGUAAGUCUGGUGAGGUGUAUCCAGCAGCGAGCCGACCAAAGUACCAGAGCGAGAGAGAGAAAACUAGUGGCGGCGGCUUUAUACGCCGGGAGGGAACAACGCCGUGUCCCGUGUGAGUGAAUAUUGUGAUAUUGCAAGUGACGCGGUGUUCCGACAUAUAUAUAUAUACAUAUAUUUACACACAUAUAUAUCACAUAUGUAUUGUUACUUUGGUUUUUAAAUAAUAUAUAAGUAAUAUUCAUCUCCACAAGCAUCAUCAUCUUGAAUAGCAGUACUGGAGGUAUUUACCGGCUAUUACACCCCGACAGGAGUCGGUAAACAACGUGAUCCGUGAUGUAUUGGAGAUUCGACGAUUCGCCUUCGGAAAUACAAGAUAAAUUGGUGAUGCAAAAACAAUCUGUGUGACAAAUCAUAAACGUUAAUAAGUGCAAAUCUAAAUAAUUUUAGUUUUUUUUUUUUUUUUUUUUUUUUUAUGUUUAAAUAAUUGACACGGUGUUUCAUGAAAUAAACAUCAGAAGAGGAUAUUUUUAGUUGAUUUGUGGUUUUUUUUUUUUUUUUUUUUUUAUUUUUUGUUUAACAAGACACUGGUUUUAUAAGUGGGUUAAUUUUUAUACGGGUUAUUUUGAUAUACUAUCAAAGUGAGAGAUUUAAAAAUAGGGGGGGCUGUUUGACCGAUGGACAAACGGAAGAUGUUGACGAAACGCCCUCGAAUGGAUACUAUGAGGGGCCCAAUUGCCAAUGGGCCCAUUCAAACUCGCCCGUUGGUUGCUCUGCUUGACGGACGAGACUGUUCCAUUGAGAUGCCAAUUUUAAAAGACGUUGCUACUGUCGCUUUUUGCGAUGCACAAUCCACAUCUGAGAUUCACGAAAAGGUACUAAAUGAAGCCGUAGGAGCUUUGAUGUGGCACACGAUUAUUCUGACGAAAGAAGAUCUGGAAAAAUUCAAAGCCUUAAGAAUAAUUGUCAGAAUUGGAUCAGGAGUUGACAACAUUGAUGUAAAAGCUGCUGGUGAGCUGGGCAUUGCUGUUUGUAAUGUCCCCGGGUAUGGAGUCGAGGAAGUUGCCGAUACGACACUUUGUCUUAUUCUGAACCUCUAUCGGCGUACAUACUGGCUAGCGAACAUGGUUCGGGAAGGAAAAAAAUUUACUGGACCUGAGCAGGUACGAGAAGCAGCACAAGGAUGCGCCAGGAUACGAGGAGAUACUCUCGGAAUAGUCGGGUUAGGAAGAAUUGGAUCAGCAGUCGCCUUGCGCGCCAAAGCCUUUGGAUUUAUCGUCAUGUUUUACGAUCCGUAUCUUCCUGAUGGUAUCGAAAAAUCGCUUGGUCUUACUCGAGUGUACACACUGCAAGAUCUUCUCUAUCAAUCAGACUGUGUGUCUCUCCACUGUACCUUGAACGAACACAAUCAUCACUUAAUUAAUGAAUUCACCAUUAAACAGAUGAGACCUGGGGCAUUUUUAGUAAACACAGCCCGAGGAGGGUUAGUUGAUGACGACGCGCUGGCGGCUGCCUUAAAACAAGGCAGAAUCCGCGCAGCAGCCCUCGACGUUCAUGAAAAUGAACCGUACAAUGUCUUUCAGGGUCAGUCCAAUGCGCAAUGUCCGUUGAAGGAUGCUCCCAAUUUAUUAUGUACACCACACGCGGCAUUUUACAGUGACGCAAGCUGCUCAGAACUCCGUGAAAUGGCUGCGAGUGAGAUACGACGAGCUAUCGUUGGACGUAUCCCUGACUGCUUGAGAAACUGCGUGAAUAAGGAAUAUUUCCACUCUUCCACCGGCACUUACCCUGAGUCGAUCAACGGUGGAUACUAUGGGGGAUCAUUACCAAUUCAACAGGCCCACUCGACGACGCCCCACGAUUCAGCGCCUCCGCCACCUGGAGGUCACUCCGCCGUUGGCGUAGCUAGUAGUGCUGGUCCAAAUUCUUCGGCGGGAGGUGGGAAUGCCGGUCCUACCGGUCCCGCGGGGCCAACGGUAGGCGGCGCCGGUGCCGGGGGUCCAGCGUCAGCCCCACCGACUGCUGGAUUACCCGGUCUACCACACAGCAUAGUGAGCGAGCCUGACCCCCGGCCAAGUCCACCUGCUCCGAGUCCUCGUUGACCUUGAACCCCCAGCGGUAUCAACAACUUUCAGCACCACCACCACCACCAACACCACCUCCAUCAUCCUCCAACCUAACAAACCUCCUUCUCCUCCUCAGAACAUUAUCAUUGUCAUGGUAAUCAUUUUUAAGAUAAUCACUCUGUGCACCGACUAAAGACU